AUGAUAACUUCGGGCUUACCAAAUUUGGUCAUUAACAGUUAUACAUUGGUCAUUUUUCUAAUCCUUAUUGAACUAACAUUCCUUUCCUUUUGGCAUGUUUAUAUAAGGCCAGAGCUAAUUCCUUGAGUGCUUGUCCGCCCAUCCAAUUCGAUUUCUAGAAGCUCGCUUUGCGUCCAUAUCUUAUUGACACCUUAGUUGCUAAAGCAAACAAUUUUUUAUCCAUCUCAUCGCAAAGGAGGUGGUGUCCCUGCCCAAGGCUUAUCUGGGCUCUCCCAACUAAACCAUAGCCAUCACAUUCUCAAUCCUCGUGCAAAUUUAUCCAAAUCCAACACUUCCAAUCCCUCGUACUUGGUGGGUGAGCAAACCGUUAGCCAAUUUACUUUGCAUUUGUUCUCAGUGAUCUCUUGAUCGCCAGUUCAGAGAAGUUUUUUUCUUAUUUUGUCCAUGCCAUGUAGGAAAAAUUUUGGGUGGCUUUAGGACUGUGAGGAAGUAUGUUGGACAGGCCAUAGGUCUAUAGGUGAAUUUAAACAAGACUGAAAAAUUUUAGAGAACUUAGUAUACAUAUCUAGCUAAGAACGUUCCCCUUAAAAAGGUUAGAAAAACUUCAACACGGAUUUUUUUUUCUUCGGGCCAAAAUUUUAAAUGAAGUCCUAAAGAUUUAUUUUUUGUCACACAGCCUUCAUUCAAACUCCAAUUUAAUUGGAACUAAAAAUUUUAAAAGUACAAAAUAAACAGCAUGCAUGAAUGUAGGUCCAAAAUGUACAUGAUCCCGAACAGCAAUCAAGUAGGGGGAUAGUCCAAGUAAAUUUGUGUGGAGCCAAGCGAGCAAGGAAAGAGCCUUGUCUGAGACUCUCUGAUUUGUCCCGCCCGCUUGACCAAGACCUCUAGGCUCUAGUGAUGUUCCACGCCCUCUGGUCGUUUUCAGCAAUUCGUUCACUUGAUUCCCGCACAAUCUCGGCGAGAAACAGUAUUCUACAGUCUGCACUCCGCCUCCACACAAGCCAUGCCUCCUCUGCUCCUCCUCCUCCCCGUCGUGCUCGCCCUCUUCGCCGCGGCCGAUGCCUCCCCCUCCGCCUGCCGCAACGCCACCUGCGGCGACGUGCCCGUCGCCUACCCGUUCUGGCUGAUCGACAACUCAUCCGCCUUGGGCUGUGGCUACCCCGGCCUUGGCCUCCGCUGCGUGGACAACACCACUCUGAUUCUCCCCUUCCGGACACACCAGUACAGGGUCCUGGACAUCGAGUACGGGAAGCACACCAUCUCCCUCACCGACGCCGACAUGCAACACUCCGACACAAACAACAGCUGCCCGCACCUACACGCCAACCUCACCAUCGACGACAACUCCUGGCUGCAGCUCGCGUCCUCUGACUCCAACAUCACCUUCCUCUACAACUGCAAGAGCAACUCCUCCUUGCUGUCCUCGACCUCCGUUGUGAAGCUAACUGGAUGUGGAGCUGGACCAGAGCACAUCGGUAGUUCGUACGUGUUCCUGGAUGGCUGGAUCACGGGUGAAGCGUACGAUUACGAGUGCGAGACGGUGGUGGUGGCGCCGGUGAUCGAUGCGCACAAGAAGGCCAUGGUGGAUGCGCACGGGGGUCUUCCUCCCGCGGACGGAUCAUUUGGCGAUGUGCUGAGCGCUGGGUUCGAGCUGACAUACAGCGCUCACUCCGACAAGUGCGGCAAAUGCGAGCGAACCAAGGGGUGGUGCGGCUACCGGCACAACGAGACGUCCACCACCAUGGAUUUCACCUGUUUCUGCGACGAAGGCCCGACCAAGAGCCAUUGCGGGUAUUCAAGCUUAAAGGGGAGAAUGAAACUUUAUAUAAUAGCAGGCAUCUCAAGCGUCCUUUUGCUAUGUUUACUUUCCUUUCCGUGUUUGUUCAGUCUGAAGAAGUAUAGGCACAGAAGGAUUUCAAAGGGAACACCAAGGAUUGAGUCCUUCCUACAAAGGAAUGGAACCUUACAUCCAAAGAGAUACACUUACACAGAAGUAAAAAGGAUGACAAAAUCUUUUGCUGAAAAGCUAGGUCACGGUGGAUUUGGUGCUGUUUACAGAGGCAACCUAUCUGAUGGCCGCCAGGUAGCAGUCAAGAUGUUAAAGGACUCCAAGGGUGACGGCGAAGAAUUCAUCAAUGAGGUUGCUAGUAUUAGUAGAACUUCUCACGUCAACGUGGUGACUCUGUUAGGAUUUUGCUUGCAUCGAUCCAAAAGGGCUCUGAUCUAUGAGUAUAUGCCAAAUGGUUCACUUGAAAGAUAUGCUUUCCGCAAUAACUCCAAAGGCGAACUUUCAUUAACUUGGGAGAAAUUAUUUGAUGUAGCAGUUGGAAUUGCCCGAGGGCUUGAGUAUCUUCACCGUGGAUGCAGUACCCGCAUUGUGCAUUUCGAUAUUAAACCCCACAACAUUCUACUAGAUCAAGAAUUCUGCCCUAAGAUCUCAGAUUUUGGAAUGGCUAAGCUUUGUGCUAACAAAGAGAGUAUCGUCUCCAUUGCUGGUGCAAGAGGAACAAUAGGCUAUAUUGCCCCGGAGGUCUAUUCAAAGCAGUUUGGAGCAAUAAGUAGCAAGUCUGAUGUCUAUAGCUAUGGAAUGAUGAUCCUUGAGAUGGUUGGGGCAAGGGAGAGGAACAUAGAAGCCAAUAGUGAAUCUAGUAGCCACUAUUUCCCACAAUGGAUUUACGAACAUCUAGAUGAAUAUUGCAUCAGCUCUUCUGAGAUUGAUGGUGAGACCACAGAGCUUGUAAGAAAGAUGGUAGUGGUUGCACUAUGGUGCAUACAAGUAGUUCCAACUAACCGCCCAACAAUGACUAGAGUCGUUGAAAUGCUAGAAGGUAGCACGAGCGGUCUGGAAUUGCCACCAAAAGUGCUAUUGAGCUGGUAAGCAUCCACAAAUUUCGAUUGAAUAAGCAUUAUUGCUCACUUCUUCCAGUGUUGUACAACUGCAAAUACUAUUUAGCGGUUACAAAAUGUAAGAAGAGAUUUGGAAUGUGAAACCAAAUUCACUACAAUGUCGACCCUCUUUUGCCCAGUUAUACUCUAGAUUGACUGUACAUUACAAAUUCA